AUGGUUCAGGUCAGAAGAUGGCAAAGAGAGGUCGCCUUUCUUAGUGCCGUUGACUUCCUCACCGGGGAAGUUCUCAUUAACAAUUACGUCCGGCCAACGGGAAAGGUGACCGACUGGACGACUAGGAUCAGCGGCAUAACGCCAGCUGCAAUGGCCGAGGCUGUAGCAAGAGGGCAAGCACUUAAUGGAUGGCAGUCCGCGCGACAGGAACUAUACAAAUACAUUGAUUCUCAAACCAUCCUCAUUGGUCACGCCCUUAAUUCCGACCUGGACGUGUUGGGCAUAUACCACUCGCGAGUUGUUGACUCAGUGAUAUUAGCUAGCGAAGCUGUGUUUGGGCUUUCCUCUGCGUUUAAGCGCCUCUAUAGUUUAAAGACACUGUCGGAGGUGUUUUUGAAACUACAAAUCCAAUCGGAUAAUCACCCCCACGUGUGCUUGGAAGACACACUCGCGACACGAGAUGUGGUUCUGUCCUUUCUGCGGAAUCCCGAAGGCCUGGGAGUGUGGGCUGGGAAUGCGAAGGCCAAUUAUGACGCAGAGCAAAAACAACGCGAAGCGAGAAGGCGUCAGAAGAAAAAUGAGAAAGCGAAGAUAGCAGCAAAGCAACAGCAGGCAACUGCGAAACAGCCAUCAACAUCCUGUGGACCUCAAGGGAAUGCGUCCCUGUUGCUGCUUUCUGAGGAAUCUUCCGAUAUAGAGGGAUGCGAUGGAUACGAUGACUCUGAAACACUUCGGUGGGAAGAUAUCGCAGAGGCUUGCGGAUGGCCCCAUCCUGAUACAGGGUACGAUCCCUGGUCAGAUUGA